AUGGAAGUUUACAUUCGUUCACCAGCAUCAGCGGUUUCGAAGAAUCUCGUAAACCCAUCACUCCAUCGCAUCGCGCACCUCCUAACCUGCAUGGCUGUCCUCUCUGCUCGUCUUUCUUGUGCUGCCACUGAGGCUUCAUGGUUUCCUAAAUGUUGCAACGAGCAGGAGAAGCUGCACGAGCGAAAGGAAGCAGUCGCGGAGCGCGGCGGGCUGGAAGCCCUGGAUAAAGACAUGUCUCCACUUGGAAGGGCCACGGACAAGCCCAUCACGAUGGGUGACGUCAUGCCCAAGGCGACCCUGAGGGAGGAGGACGUGGGCCGGCCUGUGACCAAGGAAGAUGCGGCUAAGCAGCAGAGCGCGGAGGAGAAAAUGAACCUCGAGAUACGAUCAGGAGGGCCUGCGGCCACUCUGCAGUCUGCGGCGGAUAAGAACUGCAGGCAAGCUUCGUUGGAGCAGGACAAGGAAAAGAGGACGUGA